UGCAAAAAAACGGCAGCUAUGGAAAAGAGGGAGUAUUCAGCUGAUUUUGUUCCUCGCGAAAUCUCGGCUGAAUUGGAUUACACACAGCUAACCGAGGAUCAUAAAAUUGCCAUAUGUAGGAGUUACUAAGCUCAAAUCCCUGACUCACUCAGGUUUUUGUGUCGGCGUGACAUGCCUUACAAUGCUGGCGAUGAGGAGUAUCGCAGGCUCGUGGCGGAUUACGUGAAAUUGGAGGGUGGCGGCGGUGGCCAGUGGCAUGCGGAUACGUCGACGUCUGGUUGUUGCGGAGGCGACACAGGCGGAGGCGAUGUGGCUUCCUCUGAUGGUGGGUGGUGGUUGUGGUCUUUGUGGUGGUGGCUGAAACUGGUGCUGGUGGUCUUGUUUGUUGCCGUAUUGGGCGCGGUUUUCUUCAAAUGGAUCGGACCCUUUUUCAUGGAUAAGGAAAUCAUACCCAUGAUAAAUUGGGUGCAGAGUACUUUCAGCACAACUAUUUUAGGACUCAUAGUGUUUGCUUCUCUGGCAAUAUUCCCAGUAUUUCUUAUACCUUCUACACCAUCCCAGUGGGUUGCCGGGAUGACUUUUGGUUAUGGUUAUGGGUUUCUGUUGAUCACUGGUGGAGUUUUGAUUGGCAGCUCUAUUCCUUAUUUCAUAGGUUUAUUAUUCUACCAUAGAAUCCAUGCAUGGUUAGAAAGGCACCCAAAGCGAGCUUCAAUAUUAAGACUAGCUGGCGAAGGAAACUGGUUUAGUCAGUUUCGAGCUGUUUCUUUGAUUAGGAUUUCCCCAUUCCCUUAUAUCAUAUACAACUACUGUGCUGUGGCUACAGAUGUGAGAUAUGUUCCUUAUUUGUUGGGGACUGCGGUGGGAAUGGUGCCAGAUAUAAUUGUUGCACUUUACACAGGGGUCCUGAUUAAAACAUUAGCUAAUGCUUCACAAGAUGGGAAAUCUAUGCCAGUUUCCCAGAUGGUGAUUAACGUGGCCGGGUUUUGCAUCACUGUGAGCGCGACUGUAGCAGUGACAUGGUAUGCAAAGAGGCGACUGAAGGAGCUACAGAUGCGAGAGACAGCGACUGAAGAUGGAGGCCUAAAGAUUAAUCAACAACUGUUUUAUCAUUUAUGUAUGUACUCUACAAAUGGAAACCACGGUUUUUUACAAUGGUGUUGUUCCUUUCUUUACUAAUGUGAAUACAUAUAUUUAUACCAACACACUUUUUCAAAUGACAUUA